CCCUUGGAAACCUGCCGACGUGCUGCGGUGGAUGGGGCCUGACCCAGGCUGCGGAGGAGGGCAUGGGGAAUCGUGCGGGCCCCUUGAGAGCUUCCUGUUCUCUGUGCUGGCUGCUGCAGGGGAGGGAGGGACAGGCAUCCCCGUGGAAGUGGACCUGUGGUCCUCUAAAAUCAUCCUGGAUUAACCGGGGGGCUUGUUGUAGUCACAGCCCGACUCAGCUCUGGUGGCUGGUCACAGGGUCCCAGCAGGUCCUGAGUGCAGGACCCCAGGGCAGAACCAUCUCCUCGGGCAGACAGAAAGAUGUCUGGUUCUCUCUCUCUCUCUGCCUCUUCCCCACCCCCUGUCUCGGUGCCCCUCUCUCUCUCCCUCCUCUGCUUCAGCGCGGUGCAUCAGGCCUGGAUCCGCCAGGACAGCCAUAAAUGGCAAUGUGCUGCCUGCAGGCUCGCGCUGGCUCCGAGAAGCCUCCCUCCUUGGCCUCCGGGAGCCCCUGGCCCCAGUGUUUGGCCUCUCCCCCCAGCCAGCCCUCCACUGGAGGAAACGGCUGAAUUGGAGAAGUGUCCCGGGACAUGUGAAGUUAAAACUUGGGCUCUGUCCAGUAGUGGAAUGCUGGGACUCUGGUCAGUGAGGUGAGGGGGUUGGGUCCCAGCCCCAGACUGUCUUGGUGACCAGCCAGGGUGACACCAGCUGUCCGUCUCAGAGGGUGUCGCCAAUUCACAGUUUGCACGAAACUGGUUUACUUUCAUUAGAGCACGGUGUGUUGGCUUGCUAGGGCUGCCGCGACCACGUACCAGACUGGGCAGCUUGAAACACAGACCUGUCUUUUCUCCGGAACAGUGAGGUCCCAGCGCGGGCAGGGCCGCUCUCUCCCGAGGCCUCUGUCCCUGGUGUGCAGGUGCUGCCUUCUCGCCACGUCCUCACAGGGUCUUUCCAUGAGCACACGCACCCCUGGUGUCUCUCGCGUGUGUCCUUUCUUACAGAUUUCCUCUUAAAAGGACACCAGUCAAAUUGGGUUGGGACCCGCCCCAUCGGCCUCAUUUUAACUUAAUUCCUUCUUCAAAGGCCGUCUCUCCAAAUGUAGUGACAGUCUGAGAUACUUGCAGUUUGGACCUCAGCCUAUGAAUGUGGGGAGGGACACAAUUCAGCGCACAAUGCAGGGUACCUUGCAACACGCUCAGGACCAAGGGCAUUGACCGGAAAUGGAGAGUGAUGGCCUCUUGCUGGCUUGCAGUCAGCACUCUGAGCACCUGUGGGGUUGUGCUGGCCCCAGGCAUGGUCCUAGCCCAGCUAUGUGGGGAAGCAAGCCCAAGGGUGGGUGGGAUUCAGACCUCGAGACCCCCCGGGGAUUGCCUUCAGCCAGGGGCAGCCAGUCCUUCGCUGAUUCAUUCAACAAACACUGAGCUGGGGGCCAGAGUCCCUUCACCUCCCAGUUCAGGCCUGACAUCCCCUACCUGCGCUUUGAACCCCCUUCUAGGAGUUCUUCCUGCCUCCGAUCCUGCCCUCACUAUGCCAUUCCACUUCCUGCUCCAAAAAUUCCAGUCUCCUCCCGUUUCUCCCCAUUUAAAAGCUGCUGGGGGCCCCUCGUCGCCUUGUCCCCUGUAAGAUCUCCCCGGUCUGAGCCCUGCCUCCUGACCCCCACCCUGCAAUCCCCUGCAACCACAUCAAACUCCAGCAAGUCAUUGCAAAAGCUGUGAUGCUCCCUGCCUGGCGUCCCCUCUGGGGCCUCACUGUGCCCCUCAAGCUCAGCCGAGCUGCCCUCCUCGGGGCCCCUCUACCCUGUUGCUUAGACACACAAUGUGCUCCAGAAAACAUACCUUCAAAACUGCACGUGCCAAAGCAGGAUGGAAGGUGGGACGUGUCGUAAGAAGGAAGGUAAAGAGGUACGGCCUUUCCGACGGCUCUUGCUCCAGCAUUUUGUGCGUGGUUGCACCUUACCGCCCUCCUUCGCUGUCACACACACAGUUCACCGUCUGGAGGGAUGCCCAAGGGCCACCAACUCCAAAAGGACGGCCGUCUUUGUCCCAAGGACACUGUGUACGAGACCCGCGCCCAUCUUAUUACUGGAAGAGGAGCAGGAGAAGGAGCAGGAUGGCCAGGAGGGCCAACCCCAAGCAGUGCCUGAGGAAGAGGAUGGGGAAGAGGUCUUCUCCUUUAAAUACAGCCCCGGGAAGCUGCGGGGAAACCAGUACAAGAAGAUGAUGACCAAAGAGGAGCUGGAGGAGGAGCAGAGGAUUGAGCUGACCUCUGACCUCACUUCCCUGUAGCAAGUUCCUUAGGUCCUGAGCCACACAUAUUCUUGCAAAUCCUUUUGAACCGAAGAAUAAUGAAGUUAUCCUUAGCCUCCUGCUAAAGGCUUUUCCUUUUGGCAUCUAAAAAGCUUGAGAGAUAAAAUGGAAAUCCCCAGAGAGGAGCCAUGCAGGCUCCCAGGUGCCUCUGGCCUGCAUAAAUCCGCUGGGACCCAGACCCUCCAUCAGGACCUGUCCCUCAGCGGGGAAGGUGCCGGGAGUACCUUGGCCCCCAGGGUAGAGGUGUUCGUCCCUGUCGGUGUGGAUUGCUUGGUUAAGCAAGGGUUUCGUAGACUUUGGUUUUUCUUAUCGCUGAACCCUACUCUCCACUCACCGUUCAGACCUGUGAUAUCAGCCGUGACAGCCCCCUUAUCAUUUUAAACCAGUGUAGCUUCACUCCAGUGCCCCCACCCCACCCCCAGCCCACACUGGCCUUUUCCUUCCCUGGAGCCAAACCGAGAAAGACUCUGAGGCAGAGCUCCUGUGCUCAUCAGCUGCUCAGGGAGGGUGGACUGUCCUCCUUUCCCUGGGGGCCCACUUCCCUCUUUCUAUCCGGUGGCUCGGUUGUUGGGGGUGAGGGACGCGUAUUGAUGGCCCCACAGCAGGGAACCAGCGACAACUCUAGAUCUGUGUCGCCCUUAGUCUUCAUUUAGAGGAGGCUGGAAUCCGGGCCUCUAGUGGCUCAGAGGCCUUUUCGCUCUCACCAGCUCAGCCGAAUCUCCACCUUAACUUUGGCAGAAGCAAUAAGAAUAGUCUGCUUGAAAUAGAUUUCUUGACUAUGCCGUUUCCUAGAAGGUGUCAUAGAUAAGUUAGAAUUUCACCAGAUAAUGAGAUCAGUCCCAGAUCUGUUUCUUGGAAUUUUAUAUUGGACAAUAUUUAUAUUAUACCAAACUAAUCUGCAGUUUUUAGAUGUGUUGGUUAAAACAUUUUUUUAAAGCAGUAAGUUUAUAGAAAAAUAUUUUCCAUUUAAUGGAAGGCCGGGAUGCCAACCCCUGGGGCAUGUUACAUUCCCAGUGACCUUCUCCUCUGGGCCUACAAGCUUAGGUUCAGGGCCAUAGUGCAGAUAAGGCGAUGGUGGGCGAGCCCACAUCAAGCCACGUGACGAGUAGAUUUACCCUGUUGGCACUCCUGUCCCCACUCAGCAACAACAACAGCCUUAUCCAGGCUGGGAUCUUACUGCUACAGUAAGUAGGUGCCGCCCUCCCGGGUUAGUUACCGAACUAGUUAGCUGUCUGGAAUCUUUCUGCACGUGGCUUGUAGGCGCCAAGCCUCACGUACUCCUGAUGGCUUGGAUCUGUGUAUUCAGCCUUUGUUCAGCCCAAUAAACUUUGAGUAGAUGAUCUC